CCAGAUAUAUAAUACAUAUAAUAAUAAUAAGUUAUAAGAAGAUAUAUAAUAACAUAGAUGCCUAUUUUUAAAGGCAAUAUUUAUUAGAUUAUCCAUCCCACUAAAACUCAACCACCUACCUCAUUCCAAGCAUAUACCAAACAGGAAAGAGGAAGGGGGGAGAGAGGAACAAAACAGGGGGAGACAGGGGGGGCUUCCAGAGACCCCCAAUACCAGUGUGCUUGUGAUAUCAAAAUAAAAGAUUAAAAAGAAACUGAAAUACAGGUAACAGAUUAUCUUGUGCAAUUAUUUAAACCUGCUUUUCUAACCUGUUACACCUACUCAUAAUAUACCAAUACAUGUACCAAAAUAAUGUAUACAUAUACUACAACCAGACUUUAUUUGACAUGAAAGAUUUGGAGAAGCUUACUAUUUUUUUCCGUUUCUAUCAUGUAAACAGAUUUAUUGGAACUACAAUAUUUAGAAUAUUAGACGUCGAAAUAUCAGUAUUUCUGACCCAAUUCCCAAAUUCCUGGAAAAUCUACCUGUUCCGCAUCCCACAGCUACUGGAUAUAGCAUUUCAGAAACAGACCAAGGGCGAUGGGCACUAAUGUUUUUCUCCCCAAAUUGCCCUCCCACGUCCCUCCCAUUUCACUCCCACUGUGAGCGCCACGCUUUCUCCUCCUAGACAACAGCCCGAAUUCGGCUUCUUUUUCAACAUUCGGAGGUUUAGGUUCCCUCUGUUGAAACAGGAUUCAUAUUCUUUUUUUAACCUCCUGUAGAUUACUCAUCACAACUCACUGAAGAAAGGGGGCUCGUAGCCUAGUUCUCUUUAUAGGCAGAAAAAAUGCAUUGCUAAGUUCAGCAGUAAGUUUGCACGUUUUGAAGCGGCACGUCCUCUGUUUUGCGAGGGUCGCCCUUUCGUUUUUCCGAAUUUGUUUGAUGCUUAGUAGGAACAGCUACAGCCUCCGUCAAAGUUGUGGCAGCUGUCUGGUGUCGUGCCACCAGCCCCACGGAUUAAGUCACCAUAGCAAGGGAUGGAGAAACUAUACCGUUAGCCCCUCAUAUCAGAGAAGUGUGUGAAUGUGUGGCGGAACGGGUCUUCCCUGUGUUCGGCCUUCUGUGAGCUGGAUCUACUGCCACAAUGGGAUGCGGCUUACGGAAACUUGAAGAUCCGGAGGAUAGCAGCCCAGGGAAGAUUUACUCCACUUUAAAACGACCGCAAGUGGAGACUAAAACUGACAUCGUUUACGACUAUGUAUUGCUGGACUUCAGUUUAGAAGGCAGUCGACCCACAGUGCAGUACGUGUCCUCCCUGUGUGAGCUGCCACAGGCCCUGCUGCCCUACUACACCCAGGGCUAUGUGCUGGCAGCCCUCCACCCCAUCAUCCUCUCCGUCGGCCGCACCAGGGCUCUCCCCCUCAGCCUGCUCUACAGAGCCAUUCUGACUCGCCCCAGACCAAGUAAGCAUGCGGUGCCCAUGUGCCACAGUGUGCCCGUGCUAAGGGUAGAGGAGUGGCCUCUGCCAGGAGACCACCUGACCGGUGACACCGUCAGAGCACUCAUCGACAGGGUGAACAGUAGUGCGAGAGGAGGGGUGCGAUUCGUUGCCUCCGUGAUUCAGCAGGCUGGAGGGGGCAGCGGUAGCCGGGUGUCCAGCCCCACAAGGGGAUGCCGCUCCCCGCCCAGGACCCCUCCACGUACCCCACCUGGGGAGAGGGACCUGGAGAAUGGAGGAUGCAGUCCAGAUUUGAGGCUUAUGGUGCUGUUCCACUCCUGGGCUGCUGGAUGUACCCCGCUGGAUGCCCAGGGGUGCUGUUACCACCAGGGGGCACUCUCCAUGCGGGUGUCCAGGAAGGGCCAGGUGGUCAGCGCCUUGGAAGCUGAUUGGCUGGAGCUGACUGCCGCCUACUAUCGCAAGGGCUGGUCAUUGGUCGACUCGUUUGUGUACUGGGACACGCCCAAAGGUGAGCCUGUUCCCAGGUCUUUAGAAGGGCUCUUUGUAUAUGAGGAACGCAGCAUGGCCCCUCCUGCCAAUGACACCAUUGUGGUGGAGCAGUGGACUGUGAUUGAGGCCUCGAAUGUGAAGACCGACUAUGGGCCGCUGCUUCACACACUGUCAGAGUUUGGCUGGCUGCUCACAUGUGUGCUGCCUACACCUAUUAUCCGCCAUGACAGCGAUGGGAAUUUGGCCACAAAGCAAGUUGUGUUCCUUCAAAGACCAGUUAGGACUCCUUCGGUACAGCAACAGAACCAGGCUGCAUCCUCACGUAGUGAGGUAUCCAAUCGGUCUGUGAGUCGCGGUGUGGGCAGCCCUCAGACAGAAGAGCUGUCGCCAUGUUCGGGGGGCAUCGGGGGGUUUCCUGUGUUUGGGGGCGGUGGCUACUCCAGCGCCCUCUCCCACCUGGAGGAGGGCGGCUUCGAACAGGACGACGGAGCGGCUGAGGUCACGUGCAUGUGACCAACCCCCCACUCGACAAACCCAGUCUCCUGGCCCUGACGGGCUGAUUUUUGCCCUCAUACUUCCUUGUUUGAUGACCUCUGACCUUAAAUGACUGACUGGGUGGAUGAAGGAGGACACUUGUAGGCUGCUCAUUUUGGCCAUGUUUUGCAAGCCAAUGUGCAGUCAAAUGGAGGGAGUCGAAUAUGGACAGCCCCUGGAAAAGAAAUUGGGAUUUGUAAAAUGUGAGGGCCCCCUAACCCCUUCCUAACAAAGCAUAUUUUAGAAUCACUUCUAGCACUUUUUAUUAUGAAGCCAUACUUACCAGUAGAAGUAUUUAUACGUUAUCAUGGUCAUCUCAGUGUUUUUAUUUUAUUUUUGUUGGACAGGCCGGCAUAACUAAAAAGGAAGGGGAAAAAAUACACAAGUACCCAACUGUUUAUUUUGACAGUUUCACCCAGUCUAAAUUCUCACAUUUUCUCACUCACACCGAAAGAGCACCAGGUGUCCACUGGAAGCCUAGGGGAAAGACACAGGAAAAUGUUAGACUCAGAUUCAACUUGGGAUGGGAUGGAUCUAAAUAUUUUAAACCUUUCCCCCUAACUUCAUAAUCUUAUCCCCCCCCCCUCCCCCAACACCUUCUUGUCACCUGUGUCUUUUAAUUUACAUUUUCCACCAAAACUUUUAUUUGUUCUACAUAACUUCAGGUCACAACACAACCUUGCUCUGGCACUCACUCACUCACACACACAGCAAAACAGAGGAAAAACGAACUUUUUUCAUAUCCUGUUAGCAGUCAUCGGCAGGAUGUAAACAUUUAUCAGGUGUGUAAAUCCUAAGGUGCUUCUGACAGUACUGAGAUUGUCCAGACCUCAGUUAUAACACUGAACACCAUUAUCUUCUUUUUGAAACACUUGAGUUUCGACCGGGGGUUCACAGUUCACAGUUCACACUUCCUGCAAGUAGGUGUGUGUGUGUGCGUUUGUUAUCUUUUCAUACUCAGAUGUGUAAAUGGCUGGUGUGACCAGUACUAGAACUGCUGUGACUGUCGCAAACCCUUAAACGUUUGCACUGGCAAACCCACAUUUGCCAGAUAAAAUAAAUGGUGCUCCUUUUCCAACCUUUCCCACAGGUUGUCUCCGUCAGCUUCGUUUCAUGUUUGUUCUGACAAUCAUCUUAAAAAUGGAAGGUACCAAUAUAAACUGUUCAUUUUAAUAGUGACAGCAGCUGCUGAUUUUUAUUUUCAUGUCUGUUUAUUUUCAGGAGAUUUGACAUAUCAGACCAUGCUAAGCCAUUUACCUUAUCACAUAUCACACAUAAGAUGUGCAGAAGAGCUCUUAUGAGUUAUCCAUUUGUGUGCGUUUUUUUUCUUUCCUUUUACACUUUACAGAUCUAAAUGAUAAGAGGGCUAUGUCAAUGGUUUUAACUAUUUUAAAUCACCUUUACCUUUAGUCGAGUAGUCCUGCACAUUCAGACAAAUCCACUUCUCUAAGUGUUGCUUGUGACCUAUUUUUUAUUUUAUUUUUUCAAAUGCUUAUACUAGAACCUCAUGCUGCUGUAUAUUACAAGUAACCCAUGAAAAUAUUUUGUCUUAUUUUAUAAUUGACAGAUUUUUUAAGAUGGUGAAUGCCAUUAAUGACAGUAUUACCAACCUGCUGCAGUAUUUCAAUUUCAACAUUGUAAAUUCUGUUGGUGUUUAUAUCAUUAAAAUAGCUAUUUCCCA